AUGAGCACUCUCGUCUUGAUGGGCCCCGGCUCCGUUCAUCCUCAAGUGUAUCACACACAGUGGACCAGCGAGCAUAUUGACAGCGUCUUUCAGUGUCUUGUCCCUAAGGAGAAGCAGCUUCGCAAGCUCAUCGACAUUCCUGCCGAGCUCUAUGAGCAGAUGGACCAAGGCGCCAAAGCUGGGCUCGCCAACCUUUUCAUGGUCGAAUUCGGGGAGCCUGUUCUCUACGCCCGUGACAACAAGAAGGGCUGCUAUUAUCUCGGAGUCCCUCGCGACUUUCUGAGCGAUGGUGGAAUGCUCUUGAAUGCCCAAGGUGCCCACGAGGCGAUUUUCCUGCAGCGUCCUGAGCUUUCGGUCAACCGCGUCCAUGUCCCACGACCCCCAAAUGCCUACAUCCUUUACCGUAAGGAGCGUCACCAGAUCGUCAAGAACAAGCGUCCUGAUAUCACCAACAAUGAAAUUUCCCAAAUCCUUGGCCGAUGCUGGAACAUGGAGACUAGCGAGGUUCGCCUCUACUACAAGAAGAAGGCAGACGAGAUCAAGGAGGAGCACAAGCGCCUUCACCCUGAUUACCAGUACCGCCCUCGCCGACCAUCUGAGCGCCGCCGUCGCCAGCACCCUCACACUAUCCUGAUCAGUGCUCACACUUCUGCUCCUGCUCCCACUCAGCUCGGAAAUCUCCCUCAGUUCUCUGCUCCCGCGCAGAUUGUUGCUCCUGCUCAGCUUGCGGCUGCUCAGCAGAACAUUGUCUAA